AUGAUUAACCGACAGGAAACUAAUAGAUUGGCCUGGUCUAAUAGUACCAACCACAAUUUACAGUCGGAAAGGAAAAUUAUUGAGUUGACUUUAUUAAUCCAGAAAGAACUUGCUGAUAUUACAUUGGAUCCUCCACCUAACUGCAGUGCUGGACCCAAGGGAGACAACAUGUAUGAAUGGGCAUCAACUAUUUUAGGACCACAUGGUUCUGUGUAUGAAGGCGGGGUAUUUUUUCUAGACAUACAUUUCUCUCAUGAAUAUCCCUUUAAACCACCAAAGGUUAGCUUUAAGACAAGAAUUUACCAUUGUAAUAUCAAUAGUCAAGGUGCUAUUUGUUUGGAUAUAUUGAAAGAGAAUUGGAGCCCAGCUCUGACUAUAUCCAAAGUGUUAUUGUCAAUCUGUUCCUUAUUAACAGACUGUAAUCCAGCUGAUCCACUAGUCGGAAGUAUAGCUACUCAAUAUACACAGAAUAGGACGGAACAUGAUCGUCAGGCACGACUGUGGACACAACGUUAUGCCACAGGAUUCCCAGUGCCAGAUUCAUAA